GCCGCUUCGAGUCACGUGCCCUAAGCGGCCGAUCAGCGGUUAAAAGAGAAAAGGGCGCGCGACUCGGACGGUUUCCCGACACUCUUCUGCGGUGUUACCGGACAGGGGACGCGCGAGUUCGAAUCCUCCUUUGGCUUGAACUACCUCGUGGAGGCGGGAACGGGGCCGAGGAGAGGCGGCGCGACGCCAGCUGGGGCUGAACACGGCUGCUUAGAACUUCCUGCAAUGGCUGGCCUCAGUGAGCUUCCUGCGAUGGCUGGCCUCAGUGAGCAAAUGCAGAAUCUGGAAAAGCUGAGCCAGGCAUUGCUGCAGAAGAUGGCCAAAGCUGAGGCGGGGGAGAUCCUGAAGCGAAACCUGGAGAAACAGGAGCAGAUGAUUGAUCGACUCUUACAGACCAAAAAGACCACCAUGCAGCUGAUCCAAGAACUCAUGAGUGCUGAGGAGAAAGUGGCCCAGAAACUCUCAGACAGGGAUGAAGAGCUGAAGAUAAGCCUCCAAAAAUUACAGAAAAUUGAGGACGGCUUGCUUCAGGCAAGAGAGAAAGAUGCCAAACUGAAGAUCAGCACUGAAGAGUUGAAGAAGGAGCUGGAAGAGGUGAGGGAAGAAAUCGAGCACCUGGAGGAAAAGGAGGAUAACGAUGCGUCCAUGUCUGCACUGUAUCUGUCACAACUUUAUUAUCGGGUAUGCCCCAUUGAUUGGGACUACUCCUGUGAAGCCACGCUGAUCAAAGGAAUCCAUCAUGGACCAGAUAUUGCUCAGCCUAUCAACAUCGACAGCAGUCAACACUCCCGCUGCUUCGUCAGCGACUACCUGUGGAGCCUGGUGCCAACAACUUGGUGAAUGAGGUGCAGGUGGCAAAACCAGUGACCACCCAGUGGAUGUGCUUAAGCCCCUGCCUGAAACAUUCUUCUGUUUAUUGCUUUAGGGAUGAUGUAUUCUGAAGAGCUUUUUUUAAAAACAAAAACAAAACUAAUAAAUAAA